AUGUUGUCCAACAUAGGACGCGCCUCCGUCAGGAGAGUUGUUGCGCGCGGUCCACAAUCAACAAACCGAGCUCUGCAAGGGCUCUGGCAAUUCCAACGCGUUGAAACCCUCCAAAAUGCCGACAAUGCUUCAUCUGGGCCCCGAUUCGCCUUCUAUCUUCAAAGGUCAUAUGCCACAGCUACCAAAGUCGCUACAAAACCCAAGGCCAGCAAGACAACAACCACGAAGCCUAAGACGACGAAGGCUGCUAAGAAGCCUGUCAAGAAGGCCGUCAAGAAGCCAACAAAGAAGCCAGCAAAGAAGCCAGUGAAGAAAAAGGCUGUGGCUAAGAAGCCCGCCAAAAAGCCCAAGAAGGUCUUGUCCGAAGCACAGAAGCUUAGGAUCGAGGAUAAGAAGAGAAGGGAGAACCUCAAGGCUUUGAAAGAAGCAGCACUUGAAAUCCCAAAGUCAAAGCCAAGCACAGCUUGGUCUAUCUUGCUGGCGGAAGUCAUGAGAGGAACUACUGGCGAAAGUAUGGGUACCUUAAGUGCUGCUGCUGCUAGAAAGUACAAGUCAUUGAGUGCAGCGGAACUCGAGUCGUACAACCACAUUGCCACCCAAAAUGGGGCAGACAACAAAGUAGCUUACAAGAAUUGGGUCGAAAGCUACAGCCCUGAUCAGAUCCGCAUUGCCAAUAGCGCUCGGAAAUCUUUGCGAACGCUCAUUGCUAAAGGCGCGAAGCGCCUCAGCGCUUAUCCCCUGAUCAGGGAUGAACGUCAACCGAAACGCGCUUCUCAACCCUUGGUCCUCUUCUGCGCGGAUAGAUGGGAGUCUGGAGAUUUCAAAGGAAUAUCGGUCCCCGAUUCAGGCAAGCUCAUAUCGAAGGAAUGGGCGGCGCUCUCAGCGUCUGACCGACAGGUUUACACCGAACGUGCGGAAGCGGACAAGCAACGAUACCUCAAAGAGUACAAGGCUGCUUAUGGACGUGACCCCCCAACCACUAAAUAG